UCGCGCUACACAGCCCGCAGUAAAGUAACAUUAGUUCUUACUCGCUCCGUCUCCGCACAACGGUGGCGACCAUGUUGCUGCAGAGUGUUACAGCUGUUGACAGUGUUGAUGAGUGCUAGCUAUCCCGUCCUUGACUUUGUGUAACAUUCAACGCGACUACGAGCCACGAAGAGCUAAAUCGAGCGCGUAGAUCACAUGUGCAGUGGCCCAAAAGUGGGCAUAGCACUAUUACUAUUACUAUUAGCAGCAUGGGCCUUCGGCCUUCGGUAGACCAUGCAUGGUAGACUAAGACGUAGACGGAGAACUCGCGAAGUGCUAACCAGUGCUAGCGAGUAGCGGUUACUUUUCAGUGGUGCUGAGUUUGUCACCUACUGUGACCUAGUGACAGUAGAGUAACGGAGUCAGUCAGUGGGUGCAUACCAGCCGUCACAUCAGGCGGUUUCGUAGCUGAGUGGUGGUCACACUCUACUCGCAGUCCUUUCGCCCAGGUUGGCAUAUGUUUACGGGUGUGUUUCCUUGAAAUCACGACACACAGCCAGGAGGCAGCAGGUCGGUUGCAGUGUUGAGCAGUCUGGACAGAAGUUGUGAGCGACAAGAAACGCUCUCAGGAUCCAAUAGUCGGAAGACACAACAACAAGUACUCUUGGUUUCUCCAGCCCCUGAAAACUUUGCAGUGAAAAGUCAAACCUGCCAUCAGGGUGUGAUCGUAAGGCAAAAUUGUGAGUUUGUGCGAAGGAAAUAGUUUGUCGGAGAGGAUGCCUGACGGCGGAAUUGCUCGGCUCAAACAAGGGUGGCUGAUCAAGCAAGGUGGUCGAGUCAAGAACUGGAAGCGGCGAUUCUUCGUUCUGGAUGGCAACAGGAGGCUAACGUACUAUGUCAGUGAGGCUGAUGCACGAGCUGGUGUCAACCAACUUGGAAUUAUCGACCUGGAUAAGGCGCUGUUUGUCAAGCCACGGGGAACACAAGCUCGAGGCUCAGCGAAUAUUGCAUGGCCUGCAAGUGUGUCCAGUGACUUCUGCUUCAUGAUCAUCACGAACGACCGUAACUACGGUAUUUACUCGGAUAUCAGUGUAGAUGAUUGUCGAAACUGGGUCAGUGCUUUGCAGGCUGUUCGAGGCAAUGUUGAUAGCAACGAAAUCAUGGUAGAGAUCAGUGCGAACAACGGAGCAGGUGGAGAAGAUGAACAGACGGAUCACUAUGGAGCAGCUGCUGCGUAUCCAGGCAGACCACGUGCGAAUACAGUUGCUGCUGUCAACGCGUACAAGGCCAUGCCUGAGCGGUAUAAUAUGCCACCAGACCUGCUGCCAAAGGUGGUUGUCAUGUAUGCACGCUGGCAUCGUGUCCUGGAGCGAAGCUUGGAGAGUCUGGCAGAGCACUUCAACGUGAAAUCCUUCAAACUAGAAUGCGAUAUGACAGAGCUGUACGCACGAGCUCCAAAAGCGAUGCGAAACCGAUUGGGUGAGCUCGUCUUUGGUGACUACAUCGAUGAACUGCGAUACAAUCUGAUGGACUUAGUCGGCAACGAACCUGUAGGAAAGAUAGCGUUUGUGGAAGCAACACAAAAGAGAGUAAUCAAGUUUCAGUAUGGUGACCUGGAGCCUGACGAGGUGGUGAGGGCGCAACCAGUGAACGGCAUCAUUCGGCUCACCGUACCGGCGAAGCAACUCGGCAAGGGGGUCCACCUGACGGGCAAGCAUUUCUUCGACAGGAUUGUGGUUGGCGUGGACGACUUUGUGUGCGGUGGCCAGCUGAAAGGACUGCCGCUGCCCCAUGCCAUGGACGUGUGCAGAGCACGCAAGAACUGCACGGCCGCACUGCAGCGAGUCACCAAGCUUCUCUCGCUGGAAGUACCACUGCUCUUCAAGUGCAAUUACCAGUCAGUACACAACCUAGCUGAAGGAUAUCUCGCAGUACGCUCGCACCUUGGCACCGUCAUCAUCAAAAACCUCCUGACGGAACUUGGCAAUGCUGUUCACACGCAAGUACCCCCGUUGAAGCGACUAUCUUUCGGCGGAAUUAUUACCGCUCAUCGUGUUGUGUUUGAGAUGGCAGAUGAUGACGAUGCCAAGGAGACAGCCACGAUCAACCACAACGGAGACCUUGUUCUGGCAGCUGGUCUCAAGAAGCUGCAAGAGCUUGCUGUGUACGGUCGGCCAGGGCAUUUCAACCUCGCAUCCCUGGUGAAGUUGUGUGGCGAGGAGAGCUCGAUGUAAGUGCUCCAAUGUCCACUUCGUCUGCUGUUGGCUGUGGGCGAUGCAUAAUCCUUGGACGUAGUCAGUUACUAGCAUCACAACUGCUGCCGCUGCUGCAUUCGUACUCAGUGUGUUGGUUGAGUCCAGGUGAGUCGGCUGUACUGUGGUGGCACAGACUGCAUGCCGCUUCGGACUAUACAAGGGUGUUGUACUGCAGUGCAGCAGUUUGCUCAUGCCUCAUACUUGAUCUCAGAACUUGGCAUUGAUGUAAAGGCUGCUGUUGAUACAGACCCGGGGCAACACUGGCUCUGGCUUGUUUAUACGCCAUGAUGAUCCGUCUGCACAUCCCAUCCAUAAUUAGACACAAUUCUGCUGGAGAAAAAAUUACAAUGCCGUCAUUUGAAGAAGUGUCUGAAAUCCACAUAGCACAACAAAACUGUUUCUACUUUCAAGUAUAAAUUGAAAACACUAAUGCUUAUAGAGCUUGGGGUCCACUAGUGAUUGCCAUUAUUAUCUUGAAUUUUGAAUUCUGGACUAUCAAUUUCCCCAGAAACUAAGUACUCAUGCUGGCCGAUAUUUGGCAUUUCAAAGUGCAAAAAGUCAACUGUCUAAUUAAACUGUUUAUGUCAUAACUGUCUGCAUCCUACAGUAGGAGCAUGGACUUUUCAAUUGAAUCAUGCGUGUGCCGUGAUACACAUACUGUACUUCAGUACUAUAGUCUAUACUGUCAAUUGUCUGGAUGAACUGCGCAAUGUCUAGUACAAUUCCUUCUUCUUUUUUUCAGAGUGUAAUCAGCUGUUUAGUCUUUCAAUUUUCCAUAACUAUGCGUUUGCUGCUGAACCUGAAGUUUGAGAAGCUCCUCAUCAGUGAUGUCUGUAAUCUGCUGACAAUGUCCUGGUCUUAACCUCUACCUAGUACUACGUCACUA